GCUGAAGUCUUCAAAAUCCUGCCAGUUCAGCAAUUGUUCAAAGUUCAAACGUCCUGACAAGCUGAAAGCGCCAAUGGCAGCACUAGCAGCAACACUGCCAGCAAAGCCGCUUCCAGGAAGCAGCAUUGCAAGCUGGCGGGGGCGUCAAGACUCUCCAGGAGGGCAGGUACAGAAUACAGAAUUCCCGCUAACAAAAUGCAGCCACAUUGGCACAUGGAUAGAUACAGGGGUUUCACGUCGAUCCGUGAGGGCUCGAAGUACGGUGCCAGCAACACGUUGCACUCCAUCAGGAACUGUAAAGAUGCAUGCAAUGCAUUCGAAUGCAGGCCCUCCGUUGAAGCCUGCAGUCUUUUUACUGCCAACCAAAAGGCCCUUGGAAGGUCGCAGACAGAAACUUCUGCAGCUUCGAGCUAGCGCAAGCCCAACAGAAGGAGAACCGCUGACUAAAACUGGAUUCAUAGCCGACAAGAACAACCAAUCGAAUGCGUAUGGUUUGUUGGCCGUUAUUGUGGCGGCCAGUGCAGUUGGCGCACUGGCCUUCCCUGAGCAGACCCUGGCCGUGCUUCUGAACGCGCGUGCGACGCCAGUUUCGCUCUCUGCGGUCCGAGCUGCGGGGGCCAGUCUAAUCCCUGUCGCCGCCUCACAUCAGUGUCUGAAAGACGCAGCGUCACAUAACCGCCUCUCGUCCGCCACAUACAAGCGGCUCAACCUGGCCGUUAUCUUCUUCUGGGCGAUCGUUUUGUGGAUCGUGGUAGCAGCCAAGCUGCAAUCGAUUCUGCCGCCAACUUCCUUCGGAAUCCUCACCGCCAUCUCGAUCUUCGGCACCGCCCUCCCCUGGCUCAUCUCCUCUUCCAGCGGGUCCUCCUUGGUCGCCCUCUACAAGGACUUCUCCUCCUCUUACGGCACCGUUCUCAAGCCAACCGGGGCGACCAGCGCCGCCUACGGCUUCUUCUCCGCGGCUUGCUACGCACUCGGGGCGGGGCUUUUCUACUUUCCCCACCACUUCCAGCUGCGCUAUCCGGCGCUGCUCGGCGCAUCGACGGCGGUCCCCGACUUCUUCUGGCAAAUGCUCGCGAAUGUGUACUACGCUUCUAGCGUCCUGUUCUUCGUGCUCAAGGACGCAUCCGAGCGGGGUCGCCUGGCCGCGAGCACGUUCAAGAACCUCAACGCCAGCUUCGCGGCUGCUUCGCUUACGAUCCUACUCAACUUCGUAACCGAGUUUUUGAAACUGAACCACAGCAUAGGCGAUGUCGGGCUGGGCUGGUCGUUCCAAGUACUGGUUUUGGGGCUUGUGUUUGUAGUGACGUCGUACAACUACUUGACAGCCCGGAAAUGACACAGUUUGUUGUUUGAAUUUUUCGCUUACAUGCUCCAGACCAACUCACAACAUAGGCGAUGUCGGGCUUGGCUGUUCCUGUUCGUUGUUACGUCCUAGCCUACAAGCAGCCAAUAAUUUGUGUUGAUAGGAUUUUGAAACCAGGACCCGCAGGCUAUCUGAAGCAGCUCAAAAUGCAUGCGCGCACGUCUACUUAUGAACUAUGGCAAGAAGUUGUUCUUGACGAAGCUAAGGUCGUUGUAAGAAGGAAAACGAUACAUUCUAAGUUCAGUGGCACCUCCGAUUCCGAG